CUUGCAGCGGCAGAGGCCUCCAGCCAAGGGCGCCGCCACCGGCUGUAGUCGACUUCGUUCCACCUGCCACAGCGCGAAAGGGGCCCCCUCAGCUGUGAUCUGUCUGCCUGCAGACGGGACCCAGUUUGACUGGGGGGCAGGGACUAUGCAUUUGGGACUGGUGGCGCUGGCAGUUGUCUUCCUCGGCUCCAUGGGUCACGGUGAUAACCUCAAGGCCUCCAAAGCAAGAAGACAGAGACGAAUAAGCACUGAAGUACCACCAUCGUGCUCGACUGGCUGUGAACACUGCUCAGAGUAUAACGGCUGUCUUAAAUGUCGACCCCGGCUCUUCAUCCUACUGGAGCGGAAUGACAUCCGUCAGAUAGGCAUUUGCCUCGCUGCCUGUCCUGUUGGAUAUUACGGCAUUCGAAAUCGUGAUAUGAACAAAUGCACACAAUGUAAAAUAGAAAACUGUGAGGCUUGUUUUAGCCGAAACUUUUGCACAAAAUGUAAGGAGGGCCUGUAUUCACACAGAGGGCGGUGUUUCUCCAACUGUCCUGAAGGAUUCACCGUCAACGGCACCAUGGAGUGUGUAGUCCAAUGUGACCUAAGUGAGUGGAGUCCAUGGGGCCCUUGCAUGAAGAAGAACAAAACAUGUGGCUUUAAAAAGGGUAACCAGACCCGUACCAGGGAGCCCUUACAACUUCCAAGUCCUGGCACUUUCACAGGGGCUGCUCCGCCCUCGGGCUGCGUCCCAGAGACACAGACCCAAAGAUGUACCGUGCAGAAAAAGAUCCCUUGCAAAGGAGAAAAUAAGAAGAAUCCACAAAAUCGUGGAGAAAAAAAUGGCAAGAACCGCGGACGAGAUUCCAAGGAAAGUGGCAAAGGGGGCAACAAGAAAAAAAAGACCCCGAACCGGUCCACCACUGUUCCUACCAUUACAACGAGCAUGGUGACCUAAUCUUAUGGUGGUGUCAGGUGGGCUUAAGAAAGGAGAAUGCCUGGCCCAUCUUCGUUGGCUGAAGACAAAAAGGUUUUGAUUGUGACAAUAUCAAAAUUAUGCAAAAAAGAAAAAAAAAGUAAUAAUGCUGCUAAACGUAAAACAUGUUCAAUGAGAACUGGAGGAUUGCUGUACUGAAUAAUGAACUGUGUAAAUUGAGUAAAGUUUGAGGGAACCAAGGAGCUAGGUUGGUUAGUCUCAUGCUAUUUGGAAGCACCCAGAAAGACUGUGCGUGAACAGAGUUGUCUGCUUGUAAGCCUUUCCACAGGAAACAACAUCGUUUGUGGUUGGCAAAAUGUUCCAUAUGUUCCUCAGACCUAUCAGAAAGGUUUCUGAACUACA